CUCAGUGGGCGCGGGCCGCAUCGGGACGUCGGUGGGAACCAAUGGUGGGCGUAGGAGGGGGCGUGUCCUGAUGAGGGGGCGUGUCCCUUCCCAGGAGAGUGGAAAGAGAGCCAGGUGAGGGGCGGAGAGGGACCAUUGCUUGGCAGGUCUCCGGACAGGUUUCCUCUUCUUUUGUAGACCUCUGAACUCCAUCUGAGAAUGUCUUCUCCUGAAAUCGCUUCCCUUUCCUGGGGCCGGAUGACGGUCAAAGGCUGUUCCACCACGUAUAAAGACUGCAAGGUGUGGCCAGGAGGCAGCAGAACCUGGGACUGGCGAGAAACAGGUACCAAUCCCCAGCUGUUUUCUCUUCCUGCUUCUCUUAAGGUGCCGUCAUCCACCGUGGACUACCUUAAGAAACACGGGAUCGAUGUGCUGGUCUUGCAGACAGAGAUGGCCGUCAAGGAGUACAACGCACUAGCGGCCCAAGGGGCUAAAGUGGGUGGCGUCUUCCAUUCCACUUGUUAGAGCAUUUAUGGAUGGCUCCCAUUUUCCACCACCUCGUGCCUUAGGCUGAAAGGCUGAAUGAAAGCGUUGCUUUGGAUCGGUGCGUGGAGUCUGUGUUUCUCAGCUUAUGCCAUGUUUUGGGGAAAAAAACUCAGAAAUAAAACCGCCUGCAAGUAGCACAGCAGGCCUGUGAGAUCCAACAAAAAUUAACAGUCCAAUGAUUUGGAUGUUACGAGGUUGGAAGGGAAUCUAUGAUCCUGUAGUACCACACCCCCAGGAGCAUUCUCAUCUCCUUGAUUUCAAUGAGAUUUUGUCACACUGUGGAUGAGGUUUCACCUAAUGGCGAUGAAAAAUAAAUUAAGGGGACACAAGACGCCCGUGUUGCUUCUGCUGCAGUCUUCUAACAAGGCUACCCCUCUGGAAUUAUCCACAAUAACAUGCGUGCUCACUCAUAUGCCGAUAGAAAGAAGAAUCGGCAUCGCAUCCACCUCAAGGAUCGUAGAGGAAGGAAGCACCUAACACUGUAACCUUAUUCUUUCAAAAUGUAUUCCAGACCUUUUUGUGGCUGCCUCACACAAUCUGUCUUAACGACAUCCUAUUUUUUAUGUUAAAAGCAUCUCAUAGGAGCAUCUACAGAAAUAUAGCACAAAGAAAAAAGAAUCGUCUUGCAGAUUGUUAUCAGAAUACCCUGUCUAGAGAAAAAGACUGCUUAGCCUAUCGGUAGUUUUGUUACCAUCUAUAAUAGGGAACAAUGCUUGGUCUGUGUUAUGGCUUCAAGGUGAUCAAACAAACUCCAGGGACUUCCAUGGGGGCUAAGAAGACUCCAGAGGAAUGUACCUUGAGGUGGUUUUGUUCCUUUAUUUUAGUUAACAAUUUGCCAAUAUAUGCAGUUACAUUUUCAGUCACUAGGGGGCAGGUAUCCCUGACUUUAUUUAAGGACGAGAGGUACAGUCAGAUCUGAAAUGCUUAUUUUUCCACAAGACCGCUAGGCAGUCCUGUGGAAAAAUGUUCUUUUUUUCCCAGGGUCACUGAUUUAUUCAAACAGUUAAAAGAGGGGGGAAAUGUCUUUCUGCAUAGUAAGUUGAUUGGGAGAAGUAGAGUCAGCAGAAGGAAAAUUUUCUGCAAGGAAUGAGCACCAGAACGAAAGAAAGAGUAGUGAGAAACAGACAGGGAGGAGAGAAGAAAAAGAAAUCAGAGGUGGAAACUAAGCCGUUCUCAGCCUUUUGAAAGCUGCAUAAUUCUGCUAAUUGCUUUUAAACCACGUGGAACUUACUAAGCUUUGUGCACAUAUUUAAGAAAUAUAAACUCAGCCGCCAAGCAAAGAGAAACGACAGAAAGAAAAUAAGUAAAACUAUAGCGCAAAUUCUCUUCGUUACUGAAUUUUUGUGAUGACCGGCUUAAUUGUUAACUGAUGAGGGGGAAGGACCAGCUGGUUGCUGGUCUCUCUGCCAACCCAGGGGAGUUGGCCCUGGUGACUCAUUUCGCCCUUUAUGGUGCCCCGGGUGAAACAAUCAACCUUGAUUAACUUUCCAUGAAACAACCCAGUAUUAUUCUGAAACACUUAAAUGCAAGAAGCCCUGGUUUGAAUAGUGAGUUUUAAGCAAGACCAUUCACUCUUAGGCUAGAAUAUAGCCUUCCCCGACAAGCUGCCUGAUGACAUUGCUUCUCCCCUCCAGAUGGGCUGCACAGAUCCAACGUAAAAUCAGUCAAAACCGCCUCUCUCGUUCCUCUGGCUCUAUUAUCCAUUACACCCCACAACAAGAGAGAAAUCUACUGUCACAUCAGACAGCACAGAGCUGGCCGGGCCAACGCUAUUACAGUGCAGAGCUGUGUCUGGGCCUUGAGCCAGGAAUAUCCACUCCGGUGCCUGCCGAGCUAAUACGCCUUGCUGAAUACAGCUUAUCUCUGUGCAGCAGAGUGUGUGGGAGGUGGCAAGCACAGAGAGAGACAGGAGACUUUUCUCUCUCACUUACACAAACACACACACACACAGAGGGGCCCGCUCUCUAGACUCUAUUUCCCCUCUCGCCGUGCAAAAACAAAGGGAAAAAAACUCUAGAGGAAUCGCCAUGUUGGGUCCUCUCAGACCGGGCAGAGGUGUGCCGGUUCUGUUUUUAUUCAUUCUAAAUCGCUGUUGGAGCCCGUUGAGCGCGCCAAGCGAUCAGCACACUAGCAACUCAGGGCUAUGCCCCACACUCAUGCUAGCUGGUAUUCAGAAAGAAGUGAGAUGGAAAAUAAGCAAGACAUGGUUUCCCUCCCACCCCGCCUGCCAUUUUAUUGUAGAAAACACACAACGGAAAGUGUAUUUUCUUGCGAAAAGUUUGUGAUUCAAUAAAUAAAAUUU